CCGACUUAUUCUUCACUUGACAACGAACCGCAACGGACACGAGAUAAUUACUCACACAAUGCCUGCAACGGCGAGUUCCAGGCCAGCUGGCACUGCAAAUGAAAGAGCAGAUAGCAAUACUUUCAUCGACAACUAUCUCGCCGACUGGAACGACGAUGACAACCCCUUCAGGUCCCCGAGCCCCGAACCAGCAGGGAAGAAAGCAAAGGACGACGGUAAAAAGAAGAAAGAUGUCCUAGGUAUUGAGAAGGAGAUAGAUCUGAAAAAGAAGCCCCGGGCUCCAAGAGUGAAACUGGACGAGGCUCGGCUCCUUUCUGAGAAAGGAAUCCCAAAGCUGCGGAAGAUGGCCCCAAGGCUGAAACUAAAGGGCAAGGGCCACGAGUUCUCCGACGCCGCCCGCCUGCUCUCCUUCUACCAAGACUGGCUCGAUGACCUCUUCCCCAAAGCCACCUUCCUAGACGCCCUCGCCAUGGUCGAGAAGGAGGGCCACAAGACGGCAAUGCGUAACGCACGCCUGAAAUGGAUCGAUGAGUGCAGGCCGAAGGCGACCUUUGAGGCGGAGGAGGAGGGCGAAUUCCCGGGCCGUGAACAACAGUCUAGCCUGCCGCAACCCGAAAGAAUCGCACCGAUCUUUGAGAAUGCCUCGCGGGAGCGGCCAACGACGCCAACAAGGGACGAGGAUGAUCUGUUUGGCGACGACGACAUAUACAACGCUACCCCGCGGCCCAGGACGGAUGCUCAGAGCAGUGCACAGCCGCCCAGGCAAAUGGCACACGAUGUGCCGGAUGAGGAUGAUUUGGAUGCGUUGAUGGCCGAGGCAGAGUCAGGGGUCGGCGCACGACAGAAUGCACCUGGUGCGGCAUCAGGGGCUGUCCAGAGCAUAUCUGGGAAUCCUUCAGACAAGGGGUUCACACAACAGAAUGAUGAACUGGAGGAGGACGAUCUGGACGCGCUGAUGGCAGAGGUUGAGGUACAGCCGGCGCCAACCAAGCCAGGUCAGCCAGGCGUGGCUGGCAGCAUGUCUAGGGGGGAGAAUCAACGGGAUGGAGGAGACGAAGAUGACUUGGAUGCGCUUAUGGCAGAGGCAGAGGCAGAGGCAGAGGCAGUUGUGCAGACUGCGUCUCAAUCGAGAAGAGAGGGAAAUGCAAGCGCUGGUACCAGCACACAGGUUAAUUCACCUCCUGGCAGUGAAGCCGCGGCACGACAAAGUAUGGGCUUCGAGGACGAGGAAGAGGUCAUGGCGGAAAUGGAUGGUCUUUGGUAGGCAGGGCAAUGG